UAUAUAAUUAACCCAUCGCUUGCGGAAAAAAAAAAAAUGACAUCGUCACUAUCUCCAAAAAACCGCCGUGCUACCACCGUGCUCGGUGUCAGAGCGUCACCUAGACUCGCGGUCGCGCAUACAAAUCCGCGUGUUAUUGAUGUUCCGGCUAGAAAUAUAACGACCGCAAUAUGUGCUGGUGAGAAGCAGCAGUACAAGUUAACGAAGUUGUUGGUGAAUGUGAAUAUUCAGAAUAGUUUGGGACCGGUGCAUUUGGUGAUGACGUCGGAGAAAAACGUUGGAGAAUUGAUAAAGGCGGCGAUUGACAUUUACGUGAAGGAGAAGAGGCGGCCAUUGUUGACUAGUAGUGAUCCACUGUGUUACCAGCUUCAUUAUUCUCAAUUUAGUCUCGAGAGUUUGAAGACAGAGGAGAAAUUGGUGAAUUUGGGAUGUCGAAGUUUCUUUCUUUGUCCAAAACCAAAUACUUCAUCAUGUGCGGACAAAGCAAUGGCAACAACAAGAUCUCAACUUCCCUUAACAAAGCUCAUGGAUUUCGUUCUAUAACUUUUUCAUUUUUUUUUAUGAUCGAGAAACUUCUCUGGAGCAAGCCUUUGGGCCAACCGCAGCGGUCGAAAUUUGGGGAUGAUGGAUCUGCCCCUCUACCCUUUUGCACUUAAAUAUCAGAGUUAGUUCACUUGGUGCGGGCUCGAACCCUUGGCCAACUGCAGCCUACAACUAGUUCAUUUUCUAAGUAGUAGCUUUUUUUUUUUAAUCUUUUUUUAUCUUUUUCAUUUGAAUGUGUCACUUGUCCGAUUAUUAUCGAAAUUGAUGUGCUAAAAUAAUGAUCAUUGGUCUGUACCGCUGUCCGCCAUGA